UAUCAACAAACGACCGAGGUAGCUGUGACAAACUUGUUUAGUUUGUUCGGAACCACUGGCGGAAACGUCACCCCUAAAAUUUCCUUUAGUAUCGUCUUCCGAGACUUUCUCAAAAUUUUCAGGAUUUUUUAAGUUCUCUAGUAAUUUCCAAUUAAGCCCUGCAUGCUAAUCGUAAAGAAAGAGGUGAACCGUCGACAAAUUUGUCCCCGCCAUGGAUGAAUUGUGCGAGCAACAGGAGACGAAAGUGGAAACGGAGUGCGGUAUUCCGGAAACGGAAAACGAGAACGCGUCCACUAAUAAUUCCGUGGCGGACUUAGAGUCCUCGGAGAAACGAAACGUGGAACCAGAAGAGGAGCACGAAUGUCACGAGAAAUGUCAAUUAUCGAACGUCACUAAUAAGAAUUUAUGCCCGUUGAAGCCGAAGGAAACCAGUUCGGGAACGAAAGUUAAGAGAAAAGCGAGAUCGACGCGUAGAAAACUCAACGCCAUGGUCAGCAAUACCUCUUUACAUUUCUCCGACACCGAUUCCGAGGGUGAAUUGACGACCAUGAAGCCUCAGGUACGGUCGUUGAACCACGCGCCAGAUAUUCCGCAGGCGCCAAUUAUUUCAAUAACAACGGACAACACGGAAGCCCCGAAUGGAUUACCUGAGAACUCGACAUUGCUAUCGCCCGAUGGCAAGGACACGAUUCAGUGUAGCAAUUUUGUUGAAAAUCUCACGGACGUCGACGAGAUAUACCCGAGCGAGACGGAGACCGAACAAAAGGAAACCGAAAACGGCCUGGACGUCACCGAAAAUUUUUACUUGGACGAGACGGACUACGAAGAUCUCGAGGACAGCGAGGAAGUCCAAACGACGAUUUACGUGAAACCGAGGGCUGAUAUAUUCGGCGAGUACAGCGGCGAAACGAUAAUAACUAAAGAAAGCGACGGACCGUUGUCCGUUGAGAUCAGAAACAAAAUCUACCACGAGGAAAUUCCGCAAUCCGGAUCCUGCAGCAAGACACCCGAUAUCGUGGUCAUGUCGCAAACCGACGAAGAGGACAUGGCUAUAUCCGACGAGGAUGACAUGCAAGAGAUAUGCUGCAGUCAAAGGGAAUUCCUCGAGGAUCUGGACGUUCUCAUGGCUUCUCAGAUCGUUAUGACGAAUAUUAAUAAAUCCGAGCACAUGCUGCUCGGUAAAGACACGAGCGACGAUGGGAUCAACGAUUGUCAUACCGAUACCGAGGACGUUGAUCAGGUCGAAUAAAAUAAUUUUUAACGUACUCUGACGGUAGGGGCAUGGACACGCAAGACACGACUUUAAACGAGGGACUUUCCAGUUAUUUAAAUGUUGCAUACGAGGAUCGAUCUGUUCUUUAGUAAACGUUUCUUGUAAAAGUUCGAGAGUGUACUGGACAUUAAACGUCAUAUCAUCAGCAUCACCGCUAUUUAUCUUCUUCGUGUUGAAAUUAUAAAAUCCGUGGAAUGAAUCGAAUUAUUUGUGAAUCUAGAUUAUUUCUGGUGUUAGUGGGUCAAUUUAAAUUCUUCUGAGUAGAGGGGGUGGUUUUCAGGGACGAUUUUGUUAUAUUUUUUGUACAUUUAUUCAAAUUUUUCGAGGUUUAAGUUUUUUUUUAAAGGAAUUCAGUUUUUCUUCUGUUUGGGAAAGCAUUUCAGACCAUCUUUAUUUAUUUAGACGACAAUUAUUCGACUCCUCUUUUAGAAAUUUUGUAAUGAGAAUUUAUGUACAAUAUGUGAACAUCAUUUUAAAUAAUGUUGUUAUUAAUUUGUUUUCUGGUUUCAAACAAAAAAUUUUAGUACCAUCCACACAUUGGUAUAUAUAAAUAAAUAUACAAUUACGUGUUAACAUUACUGAAAAUUUGUUUUUGAAACUAGAAAAAUAAAGAUAGUAACGGGAUUAUAUAAAAAGAUGAUCAUGUAUUUUACGUUACGUAUGUAUGUAAUAUAUUAUAUCACCAACAAUACAAAAAUAUAAAACAAUGAUAUACAAUAUGUAUAAAUUCCCAAGAUUUUUUCCCAAGAAAUGCAACUUUAUGAACAUAUAAUCUGAUUGAAGGCUCCAUCGAACUAGAUCAUCUAACAUAAAAAAAAAACAACAUUGAAAUUGAUCUACCAACACUGACAACAUUCAAGGUGGUUCACUCUGUCUUUGAAUUUUUGCUAAUGUAAUGAGUGAUUUAUGCUGUUACAUAAAAUACCGGUAUCAUACUUAUAUUACUCGUUUCCGUGUGGGUAACCCUUAUCGAAAUAGAGGUAUGAACACGCUGGUACGGCGUUACACAAGUUUACGACAUCGUUAUUAGUUUACUGAUGCUAUUAUCGGUAAACAUACUCGUACACGGUAUUGAAUCCUUUAUGACUCAAAGCAAAAUGUUAUUCUGCAUUGCACAGUUAGUUCCGUAUAUAUUCCUACGUGUUUUGAUUUUCAACAGACAGAUAGGGACAAUCAAACGAUAAAUAAAAAAUAAUUCAAUCUGUUGCUAGAAUAUCUCAUCAGUACUGAAUAAUUAUUAUGCAACAUAUAUACAUUUAAGUGAUAUACUUUGUGGAGAAAUUAGUUUUUCAUCAAAUGGACCAACAUUAAGGACUCGAUACAAUGAAACGAAUAUAGAAAAAUAAGAAAGACAUGGUACUGCUGACAUUACUAUUUAUUAGUACUACUUCUCCAAGUGUAAAAAUGAAUUCUUCCCUCUUCUACUGAUUUAAAAAGAAGUUAUUGUGCAUUCACGAAAAUGUAGUUAGUUUCACUAUAAUAUAUACAUAUUUUAUAUCUGUAAUAGGUAUAAUAUAUGUAUAUAACAUACACAUAUACAUGUAUUAAUUAUAAUUACAUACAUUAUAGUGUAACAUAUUUGUAUAAUAUAUACGAUAUAUAUACAUAUAUUGUAGUGAAACUGAGCAUCUAUUUACGAGUGUACUCAAUGUUGGCUCGUAGGUUUGGCA